CCUAAUAGCCGCGGAUCCUCAACCCCAUCUUCGCAGGUCUGGUCUUAUUUCAGCUUGGCAGCCUCACUUUUCAGCCUCAUGGGGCAUCCCGUCGCUGUCCGCCUGUUAUUGUCUGUGUUUCUGUUAUCCGAUCCGGUGGCGGGAGGGAGGGAGCCUCUUCUGUUGCAGCCUGUUGGAGAAUGCGAGGGCGGUGAGGUGCCGCAGGCUUGCCUAGAGGCAGAGCUUGGCCUGGUAGACUGGAAGCGUUACCUGGAGAUCCUGUGCCAACCUCAGGUGCAGGGGUGGGUUCUCGAAGCUGCCGCCGUGGAGGUGUUAGACCGCUUCAGCAAGGCGGGUGCAAGUGCAUGCACGUCGGGCUUCCUGGUCACGAUGCUUGCCCUCAUGAUCUCUGGGUCCGACAGCUUCGAGGACCAGGUGGUGAAGUUCCUACCCGAUGGAGACGUGAAAUUUUUGAUUAUGCAUCUGCCGCUGGAUGGCUCACCCGAGUUGAAGCAGUUCACAGCCACCACCCGGUCUCAUCAUCUCUUCCCUCCGCCCUUUCCCGCUUGGGAGUUCCCCGGCCCUAUGGCCGCGAUCCGGGACGCUCAGGACUUCUCCUCCAUGCCUCAGCUCGCCAGGGGCAGGCGCUGCGACGGGAGAGCCCUCGACCUGGCUGGCUGCGGGGGCGACCCCAUCUGGAGCGAUCUGCUGAGCGGCAUGUGUGCCAGGUGCUCCACGGCCAGCCACGUGCACGGGCUCCCCUGCCUCUACGACGAGCACUUCCUGGGCCUCGUGCGCAGGGUCCUGGAGAGAGGGGGCGCGCCCGGAGCCGGAAGACGGACUGCCCCCACGGCCUGCUGGCGGCCAUCCUGUCCCUGGGAGGCCGCGCGGAGAUGA